UUGCUCAUCAACAAUGUCAGAAUCAGAACCACCACCUUCCGAAACCUCCACCGUUGACCCCUUCGAAUUCCUCAAAAUCAAACUCAACACUAACGGUUCCCUCACUCGAAACUACGUCGUUCCAACCGUUCCCCCUUUCCCCACCGCUGAUCCCAAUUCUCCGCCGCAACCCUCUCUCUCCAAAGACAUUCCCCUCAACGCCGCCGCCAACACCUCCCUCCGCCUCUAUCUCCCCCACCCUCCGCCGUCACCCUCCGCCGCCAAACUCCCCCUCCUCAUCUACUUCCACGGCGGCGGCUUCAUCCUCUACCACCCUUCCUCCCUCAUCUUCCACCAAUCCUGCGCCGCCCUCGCCGCUUCCAUCCCCGCCGUUAUCGCCUCCGUCGACUACCGCCUGUGCCCGGAGCAUCGUCUCCCUGCCGCAUACGACGACGCACUCGACGCCAUCCUCUGGGCCCAAGCACAGGCCCAGAACCCGGCCCAAUCAGAUCCAUGGAUCCGCGACCAUGUGGACUUUUCAAAAUGCUUCUUAAUGGGAAGCAGCGCAGGGGGAAACAUCGCCUACUUCGCGGGUCUACGUGCACUCGACCUCGAUUUAUCACCACUUAAGAUCCUAGGGCUCGUGAUGAACGUCCCUUAUUUCAGUGGGACCCAGAGGUCAAACUCUGAACUUCGUUUGGUCAACGAUCGCAUCUUGCCUUUACCAGCUAACGAUCUCAUGUGGGCACUGUCGUUGCCCGACGGUGCCGAUCGUGACCACGUGUACUGCAAUCCGACGGCGAUGGAUGAGGUCUAUGGAGAUAAGAUCGGACGGUUGCCGAGGUGCUUCAUCAACGGCUACGGUGGGGACCCUCUAGUGGAUAAGCAGAAGGAGUUGACUAUGAUAUUGGAGGCGCGUGGGGUGCACGUGGAGAAGCAUUUCAUUGACGAUGGGUUUCAUGCUGUGGAGAUCUUUGAUCCUGAAAAGGCACGCGCUUUGGGUGAUAACAUUAAGAUGUUUAUACUCUCAGCUAUUACUCAAUCCUCUAUGUGAUGUGACCGUGUGCGUGUGUUCUAAAAUAAAUAAUAAAUAAGUAAAUAA